CUCAGAAGCGACAAGUCAUUCACUCGCAAAAACUCGUCAAAAAUCUAUGGCACCACCAUAAACGUCGUUUAAUCUUUCCCCAUGUCUAGUCAUUCUCUCGUUGGCCCGCCCCCGCCCCCGUCACGGCCACCGCCACUGUAUGCACACCCGUAAUUGGAUAUUACCUCGGAAGGCCAGACUCUGCAAUAUCUGGAGCAACAAUGGCAGCUACGAAAGACCCACAAAUUACAACUCUUAAAACAAUAGAAGCAGCCUUAAAACUUAUAGACACCAAAAAGGACAACCUUAAAAAGGCCUACGAUGAUCUCCAAUCCCUCUCUUCUCAUCUCCUCUCCUCUUCCUACUCUCUCUCAUGGGCCGACCUCGAUUCUCACUUCUCCUCCGUCCAAGACAACCUCAAUGGCCGCCUCCUUCUCCUCCAAUCGAGUCUUGAAUCUCUCGACCCGGUUGCGCCUUGUCAUUCGUUGUUGGGUGCUUCUGAGCAAGAAUCACCAGCGCCUUCUAACCCUCGGUGUCUGGGACGAGUCGACUCUGAGGUGAGUCGCUCCGAGUUGAAACAAUCAACAACCCUGACUUCUAACACAGUGGACCCAUCCAGGUCUGAUUUGAUGUCCCUGUGUGAGAGGAUGGAUGUGAAAGGAUUGAGGAAGUACAUGAAGCAGAACGCAAGCAAAUGGGGUGAGAUCCGGGACAGGCUCUCGGGUGCAAUGUCGGUUGCCCCUGACCCUGGAUCAUUUGUUUUGGAUGCAAUGGAAGGAUUUUAUUCAUCAAAAGCUAACUCGAAAGGCGACAAGGAUACUGAAUUGUGUCGUUUAAGGAGGACUUGUUUGGAUUUAUUAGAGGCCUUGGCAAAAAAUAAGCCAACUUUGAGCAUGGAAGUGAAGGAAAGAGCUAAAAAGUUGGCUUUGGAGUGGAAAAGAAAAGUGAGCUUGAAUGGGGAGAGCCCUUUAGAGGCACUGGGGCUCUUGCAUUUGUUAGCAGCUUACAAUUUGGAGAAUGAGUUCGAUGUGGGUGAACUUGUGGAUUACUUUGUUAUCGUUGCUAGGUUCAGGCAGGCUGUAGUUCUGUGUCGAGCUAUUGACUUGGGAGAGAAAACUGCUGAUCUCAUUCAAAAACUUAUAGACAGUGGCAAACAGUUUUUGGCUGUCAAAUUUAUCUUUGAAUUUGGACUGGUUGACAAGUUCCAACCAGUUCCUCUCUUGAAGGCUCACCUGAAGGAGUCCAAAAGGCUCACCAAGAAAAUUUGCCAGGAUGGAAAGAACUCUAUCAAUCAACAGAAUGAGGCCAGAUCCAGAGAAGUUAAAACGCUGAAAUCAGCACUUGUACUCAUUGAUGAGUAUAAGCUCGGAUCUGAGUACCCACAGAUGGACCUCGAGAAGCGAAUUGAGAUGCUAGAGAAGCAGAAGGCAGCUGCUGCAUCUGCCGAUGACGAGCCUUCUCAUCAGCCAAAGAAGCAGCAGCAGGCUGGAAGCAAGCGUCCUCGAACUUCAGCAACAGCAGUCCAGAACAGUAACAAUGGUUCCAAUCCAGCCAUUCCUCCAUUCAAACAAUCUCACGUGCAGCCAGCAAGUUUGUUGCUUGCAGCUGGGCCGUAUGGGUCAGUGGGUUCUAUUUCUCCCGCCAUUCUUUAUGCAGCCCCACCAGCUGGGCCGUAUGGUUUGGCAAGAGCUGGUACGGGAUUCCCAGGGAACCCAAGGUCUGCUUUGGCUCCUCAAUACUUUCCAGAAUCGCAUGUGCCAUCUGACCAUUAUGAUAGAGCAGCUGCUUAUGGUGGAUAUGAUUUGCCGCUCAAAUAUCACCCAGGUUACUAUCCUCAGUAGUGUUGGUUAUCAAAAGCCAAGCUUUGCUUUUUUAAUCACCACGGAAUUAGAAAAGCAGUCAAAUUGGGUGGUUAGCUUUGCGACGUGGGGUGCUUGUGAGUUUUACUUUUUAUAUAUAUAUAUAUAUAUAUAUAAGAGACUAAUUAUAUUUUGGUGCUGAUAAUCCUUUCAUUUUGCAUAAUUAAGUUCAUUCUCCUGCGUUUGCGUGAUAAUAAUUUCUAUGUAAGAAACAUGGUCCAAGUUAGUGAAUUACGUGCCUUCGUUUAACGUUCAAAUAGUCUCCCAGGCCUUCUCUCAAUAAAAGCUGAAUGGUUUUUACACUCAAAUCAA